AUGGUGCUGACUAACCACACCUCGCGAACCUCCCACAAUGACUUGAGGCAGGAAUUUACGAUCCUCUCUCUCUCUGUCUCUCUCUCUCUCUCUCUCUCUCUCUCUCUCUCUCUCUCUCUCCCUCUCUCUCUCUCUCUCUCUCUCUCUCUCUCUCUCUCUCUCUCCCUCUCUCGCUCACAGGGGGGCGGCGGGGAUGAGGUGCUCGUGAACAUGGAAGCGGGGAUGAGCAUUGCGCUGGGACUGGCUUUGCUAGGCCUGGUCUUGAUUCUGGCAGUGACGAUUGUGAGGCCGCUACGGGCGCUUCUGGAUCAACGCCGCUGGCAGCGUCAUCUUCGUGCCCUAGCGGCACGACCCGCCGGCCAGCGCUUUGCGCUAAUCACGGGUGGCACCGACGGCAUUGGCUUUCACCUGGCACGGCACUGCGCGAGUCAGGGCCUGGAUCUCUAUCUCACGGGCCGAACCUCUGCCGACUGUGCGGCUGCUGCGCAGCAACUCAAGCAACUGGCUCCUGAUGUGGUCAUCAAGACCUUUGCCGGCGAUCUGAGCCAACGUGCUGUGCAGGACCAACUCUUUGUCCAUUUGGAAGAUCUCGCACUUCAAAACGUGCAAGUGGCCAUCCUGAACGUAGGCUUGUCUACCAGCGUGCCCAAACCGCUGAGCGAGCACACCGAGGUCGAGGCCGAUGCCAUCCUUGCCAUCAACGCGCGGCUAAGUCUGCAACUGGCCCGUCGAUUGUCUGUUGCAUGGGCUAGAACCGCUGGUCCGAGGACAAAGGCUGUACCCCGACGGGUGCUAAUCCUGGUCGCCUCGCUGGCCGGCGUGACGGGUGCCCCCUUUUGUGCGGUGUAUGGAGCAACAAAAGCAUUCCUCUUGCAUCUGGGUGCUUCGCUCCGGUAUGAGCUUUCCACCGUUGCUGAGGUGCUGGUCAAUGCGCCAGGCAUGAUCCGCGCUGGCAACACCAUGCGUUGGUUCAGCGCCUCACGCCUCGCGGCCCCCGACGUACUCACCGCCGAAGCCGCGGCCCGCGGCAUUCUCUGCUGGGUCGGCACCGAGGCUUAUCCAACUACGACCUCCGUCCUUCACUGGCUUACCCUCAAGCUUCUCACUGCCCUUCCCACAACCCUGGCCACGGCCCUGGUUGGCCAGCAGCACCAAGCCGUCAUCCAGCGCCUGACCACACCGCCUCCCUCCUAA